GGACUCCGGUUUAGGAGUUUACAGUCUGUCACUCUGUGCACUCUGGACAUAAAGCCACGACUUAAGCACAGUAUACUUCUAUAUCAUUUAUGAUAAUAUUGUAGUACUGCAAUAUUACCGAAUAAUAUUGCGAACGCACCGGUGGGAUCUUUGCCUUUAGGACGUUUUCGGUUAUCCCGUGUUGUUGUGGCUGCAGCUGUUGCAAAAGAUCCAGAUGGAUCACAACAAAAGCAACGACAACAAUAAUGAUAGCCGCAAUGUAGCUUUCUAUGUGCGCGAAGCCAAUCCUAUUGAUCUCAUGAAUCCUGGAAUAUCAAGAAUAAACGUGGAUUAUUGGACGGAAACUUACAAUGCGGGAUUUUAUUUGCAUUAUUUUUUGACAUGGCCGGAUCUGUUCCUAGUGGCAGUGGAUCCCAAUAAGGAAAUUAUUGGCUACAUCAUGGGGAAAGUGGAAGGAGAAGGAACCAAUUGGCACAGUCACAUCACGGCGCUAAGUGUGGAUUUGUUUCACAGGAAAUGUGGGAUUGCCUCCGAUCUCAUGAAGCGCUUUGAGGAAGUCUCCAACAAACGGAAGGCGUACUUUUGCGAUCUGUACGUACGCGUUUCCAAUCAAGUUGCGGUGGAAAUGUACAAAAAGAUGGGCUACGUUAUUUACCGUCGAGUUCUCGAAUAUUAUUCAGGAGAUCCUAGUGAAGAUGCCUUUGAUAUGAGAAAACCUUUGCUGUGUGACGUUGAUCGAAAGUCAGUGUUACCGGCUCCAAAAGAUCCCAUUCAUCCAGACGAAGUCCCAGAAUGAAAUGUGUGCUCUUGGAUCAGUCAGAAGUGGUUGUUGUUUCUGUAUUACGGUCGCUUUAUUUGUGUGGUUUUUGUUUCUUGUUAUAGUAUUUCCAUAGUAGUUCCAGUAGUAUUGUUAUAGUAGUUCCAGUUCCGCAUGCGAAAGCAGAACUAAUUAAAGAUAACGAUUAACAAAA